UAUCCCUUUACUUUGUCAAACACAUUUAAAAUCUCUUCUUCAUUUCUAUCACAGUAUAUUUCACUGCUUCUAUAUAGCUUUUCCUCAUUAUUUUUUUCUACAUCAACUCUUCAUUACUGUUACUUGCAUCAAUCACACUUAUGGCUCCACUUACUAGAUCCUAUCAUCAUCUACAUGGACUCAAACUUGCAACAAUAAUCAUCAUCACUGUGCUUUUCAUCUUUUUCUUCUCCAUAUCAGGUGGAUCAGUGGUGUUGGAGAGAAAUGAGAGUUUGGAAGAAAGGAAAAUGAUAGGUUCAAAGCCUCCUGUUUGUUUAAACAAAUGCUUGAAUUGUAGGCCUUGCAUAGCAACAUUGGUAGUUCCAAAUAAACAAAAAAUAAUUAAGAGUUUCAAAGUGUUAUCUCGUGGGGAUCAAGAUGAUACCUAUUACCUUCUUGCAUGGAAAUGUAGUUGUGGAAAUAAGCUCUUUCAACCUUAAUAAGUGAUUAUUACUAGCAUCACUAUUUGUCACCAUUAUUUAUUCCUACAUCGUAUAUGCUUAAUUAGUAGAGAGGUCAUGAGGUUACAUUUAGCUUUUUAAGUCU